AUGCCGACCGCGAAUCCUUUGUCAAAGAUUAUCGUGCUCGCCACCGUGCUUGCUGCGGGCUUCCUGCUUAUCAUCCUCUCUUGCGCUCUCUUUGAUAACUGGCUGCCUUUGUUGGUUGUCGGUCUGUUUUUGAUUGCACCGCUUCCGAACGCCAUAUGCGAGAAAUACGCUGCGAACGAUGACUUCAUGCAGGAGAGCUCGGGAAAUGCGGUCAUCGAUUUUGGUCGCUACAUCACCGGAAUCCUUGUCGUCUCGGGUCUCGCACUCCCGUGCGCGCUCGCUCAUUCGCGAGUCAUCGGUCUGCCGGCGCUGUUCAUGUCCAUCACCGGCGGUCUGCUCGUUUACGGAACCAUCAUCACCUUCACCAUGUUCUUCAACGAGACCGAGGAGUUCUAG